AUGCAUGAAUCGGGCUGGCCCUCAGCUAUCAUGGGGCUGCGGAGCACGCGCGUGGUGCUGCUGUGCGCGGUGGUGGUGGCAGUGAGCCUCGGCGGGCUGGGCGGGGGGAAGCUGGGCGCGGAGGCGAUCGCGGGCAGUGACCUGACCAAGCCGUUCGAAUGUGACAAGAACAGCGACUACGGCAUGUGGUUCCGGUACACGUGCGUGUGCGCGGCCAUAGACGUGUUGGAUGUGGGAAUCUACUGGGAGCCCAAGUACAACAUGAGCAUCGGCGCCACGUGCCCGGGCCCCCACCCGGCGGCGUUCGGGCGCAUGGCAUUCGGAAACAAGUGGCUGGAGUCGGUGGGGUACAGCUCCUGGGUAACCGAGCUCAUGCGCUGCGCGCGCCAGCCGUACCGCGGCGACGGCCGGCAGCUGUGCUACAUCUCCAACAUCCGCGGGCGCUUCAAGGAGCUCUUCGUGGGCAACGGGUACGUGCCGCCCGGCGGCAAGGUCAACGGCCGCCCCUGGAACUGGAACCCCGAGCCGCCUUACCUCGGCAACAACUGGCGCUCCUGGGCCUGGGAUGAAAAGCCGUACUAA